AGUCAUUUGUAUUCCUUCCUCAUUGAUGUAAUAGUCGAUAUUGGGUAAAAGUGAUCUUCUUUAUAUGGUUAAAUAGAUGUGGAAAUAUAAAAAUAAAAAAUACUUUUAUUAGAAAUAAGAAAUGGCAGAAAAUCUAGAAUUAUACACGAAACCGGAAGAAACACCACUAAAUGAAACGAAAGAUCCGGAUCUACAUAAAAAAUAUGAGGAAAAGAGUUUUACCGAAAAAUUGAGAGACCUUAAGAAAAAUAUAACAGUUGAACCAAUGUUGGCUGGUUUUGUUAUACCCAGUGUGAUUUCUAAAUUUGCGAUGGGUUACUUCAACUUAUAUAAAGUUUGUAGAAUCAAUUUCGAAUAUCCAGAGGAUAUUUGUAAUCCAUCCGGAUAUUCUUCUACAAACUACACAAGUGUGAACGCUACGGCCUAUGAAAGAGACGUACAAAAAGUGAUAACUUCAAUGGAUAUAUGGAAAAGUAUUAUAAAUACAGUUUUGCCUUGCAUAGUAAUAGUUUUUCUAGCUGCAUGGAGUGACAGAACUGGGAAACGGAAACUUGUGAUUCUGCUGCCAAUAUUUGGUGAAUUAAUUACAUCCGUUAAUAAUAUAAUUAACGUAUAUUUCUUUAAGGAAAUCCCAGUAGAGUUGACAGUAUUUUUAGAAUCUUUGUUUACGUCUGUAUCUGGAGGCUGGGUGCUUAUGUUUCUGGGUGUCUUUAGUUAUAUCAGUGACAUUACAACAGAACAGUCGCGGACUUUUAGAGUCGGAUUGGUAAACUUUUGUAUGACAGUAGGUAUUCCUAUCGGUAUUGGUAUCAGUGGAAUAUUAAUCACAAAUUUAGGAUUCUACGCUCUUUUUUCCGUAACUUUUGCACUAUUUCUUCUUGUUUUCGUAUACGGUAUUAUCUGUAUAAAGGAACCAGAUGAUAUUCUAAAAGAAAAAGGACUUCCUAUAGUUCAACGCGAUGUCAAAGCAAAAGUGUCUUUUUUCGCCGUCAGUAACGUCAUAGACACGAUUAAAGUUGCUUUUCGGAAACGCCCCUCAAAUCGCCGAAUGAAAGUGAUUCUAACACUCAUAGCUGUCUUAGUUCUCUACGGGCCGUCUAUGUCGGAAAAUUCUAUAUUCUAUCUAUUUUUGAGAAAUCGUCUUCGAUGGGAUGUGGUUCAAUACAGCGUUUAUUUAAGUUAUUCUACUGUCCUUCACUCUGUUGGUGCAAUGACAUGUAUAACAAUAUUCAGCAAGAAGCUGCAAAUUGACGACGCCUUGCUCUGUCUAAUCUCGAUAGCCAGCAAGUUUGUCGGAUCAGUGUGGACGGCGUUUGCCAAGGCAAACUGGGAAAUAUACAUGAUUCCAGUAGCGGAGAUAUUUACGGGUACAACUUUUACGUCACUGCGCUCAAUAAUGUCCAAAUUAAUAGAUCAAGAUGAAACUGCAAAAGUGAACUCCCUUUUCUCGUUAACGGAGACACUGGCCUCACUGAUAUUUCAACCAUUUUAUUCAUGGCUCUACAUGAACACACUGCAGGCUAUGUCUGGAGCUGUCUUCCUCACCAGCGCAUCUUUAAUAGUACCAGCCUCUUUUAUUUUAACAGUAUUUUACAUUUUAUCUCAAAGAGAAUUAUCAAAGGCAAGAAGAAAUGCACAUGAAGAAGAAGAAAAGAAAAAAUUUUGUAAGAAUACACCAGCAUGAUAUUAUUAUUAGUCAAAGGUUAACCUAUACUAAAAUGAAAACUAUGUUAUAAGUUCUAUGCAUACUUGUAAAACGUAAAAAUAAAAGAAUUUACUUAUUACAGUUUAAUGUUCAUUGCAAAAUCGCUACAACUUUCUUAACAUUGAAGACGUAUUACGUUGGAGUUAAAACCACUUCGUCCUUUUUUUAAAGAGUGACAUCUCUGUAGCUGACGUCACAAGAGCCUUAAUUUUUGACUAUCUUCAACCGCUUAGGCUAUGAAAGGUAGCCUCGUAGAAGGUCUGACGAAUCCCUUAUUUCAAAGAACUCGUUGCAACGGCUCGAGCAAGACUGUAGUUUUUACGAUCGCCUCUAUAUAUACCAACCGACACUCUUCUUUUGACUGCACUUACACAGGUGGCUACGGAAGUGGUUAUGCAGAUGAAAUCUAAUAAUUUUAACUACCCUUAAUAACUGAUUACAUAAGUAGAAGGUACCCACUUCCAUAUAUAUGUGGGAAGAGUGUUUUAUUUUUAAGUGUUUUUUAAUUAUUUUCUACCACUUAGCAUUUUUAUAAGUUAACCCAGGGUUUGCUGUAGCAAACUAAAAAAUGUCAAUAGAAUAAAAAUACAAUGUGAAAGACGACUGUUGUGCUUGCCAAAUAAAACUAAGAUUUUGUAUUUUCAACCAUUCUUUGUUAUCCAUACCUCCCACAUAUAUUUUUUUAAAUUGAAAAAUCGAAAUAUAUUUAUGACAUAAUUAU